AUGCCAGAAUGGGCGUAGUGCCCAAGGGCUGCAGGGUGCUGGGGAUGGGUAGGAAAGCCAGCAUAUGAGGGUUAAAAGAGAUGCCAAUCAGAGCCUACAUUAUCCCAGUAGCAACAGGCCAGUUCCUGAGGUCUCUAUCCAGUGGCUUCAGUAGGACUUUGAACAUCAGAGAAAGUGACUAAGAACCUCAGGGUCUGGCUCAAUAAAGAACAAUAAAAAAUUAUUCUUACAGCAAAGAGGUUUUUUUUGAAGCAACUAUUGGCUUCUUCCGAGAAGAGCAGAGUGCGCUCACGUAGGGCCAACUCUGCUCUCCGUUACACUGGGGCAAAUCCAGAGGAAUUCCUUUGUCUUCAGUAUUUCUGAGGGCAGAAUCCAGCCCUUUGGGCAAAUUUUUAAUUUCACUUCACCGCCACUCAAGCUGUUUGUCUUGAAAAGAAGAGCGAUGGAGGUCAAAUAUAAGACGUUUAAUUUACAUACUGUCCAUGUACAGGUCAAAGCCUGGGGUUUAAGGCUGUGGGAACAAACAGACACAGUGGCAAGAACUAUAUAGAUAGUGCUCAUUUGUUUCCAUAAAGUUACUUUCUUUUGCUUUUCCCCAAACCCCAUAUUGGUACAAUGAUUAAGAGGGCUAUAGGUAUUGUGUAUGAUACAUGCAUGUUGGUCCAUAGCUAUACAGUGCAAAUAUGCACCACUCUCUCCUCCCUUCACCCCCCAUGUGACAAUGAUUCAAAGAGCUCUAAUGCAAAGCUUAUUACUAAUCAGAUCCAGUUGUUUUCGAUUGCCAAUACUAAAAAAGUCAUUAGGCAAAAUACAGCGCUGAAUGAUCCCCAGGGGCUGGGAAGAUCCCAGAAAUCUCAAAUAGGGGCAGCAUAUCCUGGAUAUUUAGUGUGCUUCUAUUUGCUGAGAAUUAUCUGAUUCUGGCGAGCAAGAAGUCAAAGAUCAUCUGAAGUUACAGCUGUGUAGCUGGGUGAUUUGCAUCCUGCGGAGUUCUGUGUGUUGCUAAAGAGCUGUCUCAUUUCACCCCAGAGGCUGCAUUUCAGGGGGUACCAUUUUCUUUCAGAGCCACAACUCCCGUGUGGAUCUAGAGCCAAAGCCUGUACUCCUCCCUCAGGGCCCUGCUGCAGCGUUUGCUGCACACCCAAAACUCUGAUGUCACUGGGAACCAGGUGUGCAAGGAAUCCAGGAUCUCAUCUUUUUCCCACACUCAGCCUUCAGUGCCUGGGAUCUCAUGUCUGCUUUACAUAAACCCACUGACAUCACCAGAGCUGUGCGCCUACCAUGUCUGCAGCUUAUGCUAUAAGAAUCUGCACUGCAGGUGACAUGAGGUAAGAAAUCAUGGUGCCGUUUAAAGGAAGCAUCCUCCGUUCAUGACAAAUGACUGAUUUCAACAGAUCAGGGUUCCCCACUGAAGAGACACAUGCAGUAAGAGCCAGUGCUUCCCAUCAAAGAGUGACACCCCUUCAUGCCACACAAUAUCGCACAGCAGGAAAGAAAGUGCCAGCAGAGGACAGGAAAUGCAGAGAAUCAGCUGCCUCCUCACGGGAUUUGUCUUAAUCCUUGGUGUGACCAGCACUGAGCGUUUUGCCCGGUCAGGCCGCAGGGUGUGCUCUGCAGAGAUGCAGAACGGAGCCGCUUCCUAUGUGGAGUCCCACGUGCAGCCUGUCUACCAGCCCUACCUCACAACGUGCCAGGGACACCGGCUCUGCAGUACGUACAGAACCACAUACAAGGUUGCCUAUCGCCUGGCCUACAGGAGAUUUUCCCAGCCCAUCUAUAUGUGCUGCCCCGGAUGGAGACGGGCAAACGUCCACGCAGUCGGAUGCAGCAAAGCCAUUUGCAGGUUGCCUUGUCAAAACGGUGGGAGCUGUUCAGCCCCAGACAGAUGCACCUGCCCUCCAGGAUGGAUGGGGAAAUCCUGCCAGACAGAUGUGGAUGAAUGCACUGGCCCGAGUCACGGCUGCAGCCAGCAUUGUGUCAACACGCCUGGGAGCUACGGCUGUGCCUGUCGGGCUGGGCAAAGGCUCUCCGCCGAUGGGAAAUCAUGCCAGGCUUCGGAGCCACCCACUGAGACAGAGGCCUCCCCCGCCCUCAACCGAUCAGGCGCCUCCAGUGAAAUGAAGGAAGAAAUGCAAGCCCUCCGGAGCCGGGUGGAAGUGCUGGAGCAGAAACUCCAGUUACUGUUGGCUCCAUUCCAUAACCUCAUGCCAUCGGCAGCAGAUGACGUCAGCACAGACCCCAUCAGCCAGCUGUUCUACUCCCUGCGGCAGCUGGAUAGAAUCGAGUCCCUGAGUGAGCAGAUCUCCUUCCUGGAGGAGCGACUGGAGACGUCAGAUCUAAGAAGUAGAACGGCAGACAUACCCCGCACGUGCAGACCAACUGGAUCGGUUAUGUUUAUGCCACAGUUAAUCUACUUCUACGCCAACUCCCAAACCAUCAGCUUGUAAUUAAUAAAAGAUGGUUGCAACCAGCCAGAGUUUCAUUUCAAAGCGGUUUGUGCGGGGGCUGAAUCCGAUCCCUUCAUGCAGCAUCCAAAGAUAAUAAACAGCUGCACAGAGAUCACAUAGUUUUGGGCAGUGGUGAGGGUACAUAUUAUCUCAGCUCCUUUUCAUGCCACUGCUGUUCAGGGGCCAUAAGCAUCUACAUCAGAAACUGCCUCAGAUCCUAGGGUUUGUGGGUGCCGUGUCAGAAUUCAAUCCUUAGUGAAACUCAAUACAAAAGUUAACAGUGCAAGUGAGUUUGGUGAGUACAGAACUAGUCCAAAUCAUGAGUACAGGGAACAUUGAGGGAAAUUGCGCCUAAAAUUCUACAAGCCAUUUUUUUUCCUGCAGUGCAGCAAAUCAGGGCUGUUUAGAAAAGGUAAAAUUGCACCACAACUUUGAACAAAAGCAUUUGAUGAAAACCUUCGCUUCUGAAAAAGUAUAACUAGUGAAUAAAGAGCAGACAUGGGGCUUAAUUUCCUACCAAGAUGUUUGCAGCAGCUGUAGUUAUCCAGCUAAUGUGUGGGUCAUGGAAAUUAACCCAGCCUGGUGAAAUAAGUAUCAACAUAAUGUUUGCUGUUAAUUUCAGCGUACAGCCGUGUAUAGGUUUGUGUUUUCACACAGCUGCGUUAAUUUCAACGUGCAGAGGCGUUAGUGGAGCACUGCUCCUUGGGAUAGUAGAAUGUUUUAUUCCCCAUUACAAUUUUGAAGUGCUUUGUUUUAGUAUGCAAUUUGCCAGCCAUUUACAACUUUUGCAUUUGAAAGCCUUUUGUUUUCCAUUAAAUGCUUUUGAUCAAACUUGCUGAGAAACCCGCUCAUUUGUCCACUCAGGAAUUGGUGUGCAUCAACAAUACAGCUUAAUUCCUGAUUAGUUACCCUGCCUCUAAACGGUAGAGGAAGUCCUACAAUAUACCUAGUUCCAAUAUAGUUGCUUAUGUGCGUAAGAACACGGGCCCUACAAGACAGUCAAUUUUCAGCUGGUUCCUGUUAUAAAGGGGCAAAACUUUUUCUGUUAUUUGCUAAAAAAAACAAACAAAAAACCCCCAUAUGUUGGGGUGAAAAUGUUACAGGGGCUGCUCUGUAGUGAUGUUUUUUGAAAUAGGCUCACUUUGUCUUUUAAGGACACAUUCUUAUCACCAGCACAGUACUGGAACCUGGAGCUGUAAACUGGAAUAUUUCCACACUACCUUGUGAUGUUGCUUAAAGUUCACAACUGUAACUAAUUUGUGCCAGGCCCCAUCCUGCCCCAUGGAUGUUUUUUCCCUUUUAAAACAAGAAGGUUGAAAAAUUAAGAUGGAAAGUAAGACCCAUCACGCUAAAUUACAUAGUAUUGAUAGUGCAAAAACCUGUCACUGAACCGGGCUUAGAAAGGUAGCUGGAAUUCCCUUCCUUCCAUCCUCACCGGGACUCCAGUUUUUUAAAAAGUGGCGUCCAAAGGCUUCAGUUGCAGGCACAGAUUUUCUUUGGCACUGCUCUGCGGUUGGGGUGCUUGGCCGUCUACAUGGUAAGCAAUCAGCAGCCACAUAGAAAAAUGUAGCUGUUCUUGGUUUAGAAUCAGGCCUGUCAUAGCUUGGUGACUCUACAGCAGUGAGAUAAGAGUGACUUUUGGAUACCCC